UUUUCUAAUAUGUGUUACUUUAAAAAAAAAAAAAAACAUAGCAGUGCAAUUCAUUUUGCAUCUUUCCCGUGAAACCAGUGACAAUCACAUUUUCAGUCAAUUGAACGUUUGGUGUUCAUUCUUUCAGUUUCACUUCACUUCACUUGCAUCUCAUACGACAAACCCUGCACAUGAGAGAGUACUGAAAUCACCAUCCUGCAGAUUCCACGCACGUACCCGUUAAAUAAUUUCAUCGUUUUUUUCUCAAAGCAGAGUUUGUGGUUGAAGAGAUGUUGAUUGGUCACGCAGAUCACAUAUCGGAGUCUAGGUCAGUUAAGGAUCAGAUAGCUGAGUCUGGGUCUGAUUUAGUUGAUGAUGAAGAGGAAGAUUAUUUGGAACAGAUACUCUACUCAGCAUCGUUUGAAGAGCUUGCAAGCAACAGCGUUAAAUACGACACAGUCAUAUGGCUUGCUAUAUCAUUGCUACUGGUUUUGGCUUGGGGAAUUGGCCUUUUUAUGUUGCUUUACCUGCCCAUCAGGAGAUAUGUACUCCAAAAGGAUUUUUCUUCUCGCAGAUUAUAUGUUACACAUACUGAAGUGGUUUAUAAGGUAUCAAGGCCUUCAUUUAUACCAUUUUGGGGGACCGUGACAAUUGAGAGGCGUGUACCUCUUUCUCUGGUGAUUGAUAUUAUUAUUGAACAAGGUUGCCUGCAGUCUAUAUAUGGCAUUCAUACUUUUCGACUUGAAAGUAUAGCACAUGGAAAAGCUGCUCCUGUAGAUGAGCUACAAGUUCAGGGAGUUUAUGACCCUUCUCUUUUGAGAAAGAUGAUCGUAACCGAGGCUUCAAAGAUCACACAAGAUGUAAGUACAAGUGCGAUGCAUGCUGCUCCAAUCACAGAUGUGGAAAACAUCUCUCUUAUGCCAGCAGCUACUGAGGGAUCAGUUGAUUUGAGAUCACCAUCAAAAAGUCUGAAGAUGGCAGGCUCAUCACAUGCUUCAUUGGAGCGCAGACUAGCUGGAGGGUUGCUGCUUACUAAACUUGAAGAAGUCAAUAAAUCAGUAAAGAGACUUGAGCUGCUUAUUGAGAAGUCGCAUGCUUCUCCCUCCAUCAGAUGAAGGCACCAUAGUUUAGCACUGCAAGAAUUAAAUUGAAUUGAAAGGAGUUUCCAAAUGACUAGAUCCUUAUUUAACUAUGGAAAUAGUAAAUAAUGAUUUCAUUAUGUUAGUGCAACUCAGUCACUGUUAUCAAUGAUUGACUAUAGAAAAUUCCGGCUGAGGAUUGUAGAUUUUAGAACCUCAAAUUUUGAUUGCAUUAUUAUCUUUACUAUUUUCUUCCACUCUAGAUUUUUAAUUGUAUAUAGCCCUAUUGAUAUAUACCAAAAGCCUCUUUUGGUUUUUCCCUUCAUAUAAUAACUAAAUUCCCUCAA